AUGAUGAAUUUGGCGGGUUGUCUUCUCUCGUUGAUAUGCUUUCCCAGUCUGGUGUCUAGUUGGUCCCCUGGAAAAUCCAGAGUAAUUGUUUCCUUGGAUGAUAUCAAGUCGUCCGAACCUUUGGUGACUUCCUCCAACGACGAUUGGAUACCCUGGAACCACGGCGAGGUGGUCAGCGAACCGGAUGCCUAUGGUAUGGAGGAACACAUUGCUUCCGAAUAUCGCAAGUGGGCUGAGUUGCACAACAAGCAACCAGAUCCGGUCCAUUUUAGAGCCUUCCAACGAAACUAUUUGGAUUUAUUGGCGGAAGCCGAAGAAGGCCACGGUGGGCUUCCUUUCUUUCGUCUGAAUCAAUAUGGAGAUCUGACACAAGAAGAGCAUCGACGAGAAAUGUUAUUGCUCGAAGCCUAUCAUAGUUGGUGCCAAGAGUACAACAAACAGCAAGAUCCUAACAAGUUUGAAGACUUUAAACAGAAUCUUCUCCAUGCCGUCUAUGAAUCAGCGAACAACUUGGAGGAAGAUUUCCACUUGGGUGAAUUUGCCGAUUGCAAUCCACGUUCUGGAAAUAACCACUGCAUCGAGCCCUUGAAUCAUUCCACUCCAAACGGUGGUCGAGUUCUACCAUCAUCGGUUGUCAAGCAGAUUGGCAAUGGAGUGUACGUUGAGUACAUUAACCAUGGUGAUAAUGAGUCUUCUUCUGAGCAGCACAACAGCCAUCAUGAGUCGGAAGAAAGCUCAUCACCAACCCUGAAAAAAAAUGAUUCCCAAAUCCCCCCAACCUUUCUCAACGCCAUGCAACACGAGAAUAGGUGGAAGCGAACAAGGAAUGUAUCACCAUACUCCAAUUUGGGCCCAUAG